AUGGCCUUUGUCACCCCCUCACCCGCGUCCUUCCGCGGAAAGCUCCCGCUGUCCCGCCCCCCCUUUCGUCACGAGUUCGGCACUACCAGCAUGGUGGCCCCGCCGCAAGAGAAGAUGCAUAUCCGCACCCCCCUCGUCCCAUCCCCCUCCAUAUCUGCGCCCUCUGGACGCCAAGUUUUGCUCAAGCUGGACAACCUUCAGCCCGCGGGCUCUUUCAAGAUCCGCGGUCACGGCCACCUCUGCUCCUCCGCGGCCGCCAACGGCGUCCGCCACUUUGUGUCCUCGUCGGGCGGCAACGCUGGUGCCGCCGUCGCUCACGCGGGGCAAGUCCUCGCGGUCCCCGUCACCAUCAUCGUCCCGUCUUCUACGCCGCAGUUCAUGAUCGAUAGACUCAAGGAAUCAGGCGCCAGUGUCGUCGUCCAUGGCGCUGUGUGGGACGAGGCCGACAGAUAUGCAAGAGAAAUCGUCGAGCGCGAGGGGCCCAACGCCAUCCAUAUAUCGCCGUUCGAUCACCCGUUGCUCUGGGAGGGACACGCAUCGCUCGUGGAGGAACUCAAGGAUGAUCUUGCCGGUAAAAAACCGGCUGCCAUAGUGGUCAGCGUGGGUGGGGGAGGGCUAUUCCUAGGGGUUGCAGAAGGCACGCGAAGGGUGGGAUGGGGCGACGUGCCCAUCGUCACUGCGGAGACGGAAGGUGCCGCCAGCUUUGCAGCGAUGGUAGCCGCAGGGGGCGAGGUCGUUCAGCUCAAGGAGAUUUCGUCGGUCGCAAAAUCACUUGGUGCGCUCGCGGUGAGCGACAAGUGCGCCCAGUGGGUCAGGGAAGGGAGAAAGGUCGUGCCCGUUGUCGUUUCGGACAGGGAGGCCGUUGAGGCUUGCUCGUUACUCGCGGUGAAGCAUCGCGUGCUGGUGGAGCCGGCAUGUGGCGCUGCGAUCGCAGCCGUGCUGAAGGGGGUCGAUGUCGGAGAGGGGCCCAUUGUCGUCGUCGUGUGUGGCGGGAAUAUGGCUUCACCCGCCUUGCUGCAGGGGUGGAUCAAGGCGACAGGCGCGACGGAAGCCGUUUUGUAGAGGGAAGGGGAGGAACACAAGCGCCUUGGGGCAUCGCAAGAUCCGGGCGGAUUCGCAGAGCGCAAUGCCUGGGGCCGUCGGGUUGUGUUACGGCAUUUAUUGCUUACAACCUUCAAGAAGAAUGGGAUUGAUUCCCGUGUAACAGUAUCCUACGGUAAGACGUUGUGCGACUAUACGAAAGCUUCAAGAGGAAAAGCGAUCAAUUUUUCGCUCAUGGCUGCUCCUAAUUUCGCUCCCUGAUUAAUUAAUUUUUAAGUCGCGCUGAACCUUUAAAAGCCCCUGGCAGCUAUUUGGAACA